AUGUCGGUUUUAUUUGUUUCUAAACAAUUUACUAAACGAACUGCGCUUUUAUUUGCAAAUUUUUAAUUUUUUCGUCAGUUCUUUUUCCAAAUAACUUUAAUAAUUUAUCUUAAUUUAAACUUUGUUUCAAAUAAAAUGACGACAGAAGAAGAACAAACGCAAGUUGUUCUGCCGGUAAAGGAGCCCUUGGAUUUAAUACGUCUCAGUUUGGAUGAGAAAGUUUACGUUAAAAUGCGUAAUGAACGGGAAUUGAGAGGACGUCUACAUGCAUUUGAUCAACAUUUAAAUAUGGUUUUGGGUGAUGCAGAGGAAACAGUUACGACUGUUGAAAUAGAUGAAGAAACAUACGAAGAAGUAUAUAAAACUACCAAGCGAACCAUACCCAUGUUAUUUGUACGAGGCGAUGGAGUUAUUUUGGUGUCACCACCCAUGCGUGUUGGUUAGAUCUUUUGUAACAAAUUGAAUUUUAAAUUAAUUUAAGUGAAUAAAGAUGAAAUGAAAAUAAACUGAAGAAA